CCCAGAUAGAUAGUUGCUCCAACAUUGAGAAUAAUGGUAAGGCUACCACCUCCAACGCCACCACGGAAGCCUAAUAUAUGUGGGACAUCUGGAAAUUCAAAUGGAAUAAAUGAGAAUAUUGAUACCAGUACCUUCUCAGUCUCAGCCGCCAAGGCAUUAUUCGAGUCAGCCAAAAGACCAGAGGUUCGGAAUGCCGCAAUCGCAGCCGCCAAGAAUCCAUUCGUCAGACAAACAGCUAAAAAUGUUGCACAAGAUGAGAAGGCACGUGGAGCAGUGUUGAAUGCUGUCAAGGACCCAAGUGGUGGAAAUAAGAUCUCAGCUGCAUUUGCAGUUGCUGAUGCUAAUCGAAAGUCUGAUUCAGUUCCACCACCACCACCACAUCGAGGAGGAACAUCGCCUGGAAAACUUUCUGGAUCACAUUCUGCAAUUAGAUCACAAUUGGAAAAUAUGCAUAUCGGAGGAUCGGUGAUGUCAAGCAAUUCUUCUACUGCAACUCCAUCGUAUCAAUCCAACUCAACAUCUUCUUACUCUUCAUCUGCACCAGUUGCCCCGCCUCCAGUGCCACGUCAUACACAAUCAAUCCCGUCUUAUUCGGCACCAGCCAUCAGUACUCCUUAUGGAAUUGCCAAGUUUGAUUACGCUCCGACACAAUCUGAUGAGAUGGGAUUGAGAAUUGGGGAUACGGUUUUAAUUUCUAAAAAAGUGGAUGCGGAGUGGUUUUAUGGUGAGAAUCAAAACCAGCGCACAUUUGGAAUUGUUCCAUCAUCCUACCUUGACAUCAAGAUCCCAUUGAAAGAAGCUUUCACAGCUCUGCCUCCACGACCAGCAGCUCCAUCUGGAUCAUCUUCAGGCACAUAUGCAACUGCAAUCUAUGACUAUAAUUCGAACGAAGCUGGAGAUUUGAAUUUCGCUGUCGGAUCACAAAUUAUGGUAACAGCUCGUGUAAAUGAAGAAUGGCUAGAAGGUGAAUGCUUUGGUAGAUCAGGAAUCUUUCCAUCUCAAUUUGUGGAUUGUCCAAAUCUUUAUCAAGUUCCAAUGAAACAAUCAGCUCCAUCAUCUGCUCCAUCUUAUUCUCAUCCAAUUACAAACAAUAGUGGUCCCAAACAAACCGUUACUGUAUCUUAUGAUUACGAUUCUGGAGUUGCUUCUGACCUCCGAUUAUUCGAAGGUGACGUCAUCACAGCCCUGGAAGACAUUGAUGCUCAAUGGUUGCUCGCAGAAUGUCGUGGACAACAGGGAAUGGUUCCGAAGACCUUCUUGGGACCACCAUACGGAUCUCCAAAGAAGGCACCGUCAAAAGGAAUCGCUGAAAUUGCAUGUGCAUUCUCUCCGAAGAAGGCAGUUGCCACUGGUGACUAUCAUUCCGAAGAUCCCAAACAUCUUUAUGUGACACGUGGCGAUCAUUUAUUGAUUGUGGAAGAUGUUGAUGACUACUAUUACAAGGGAAAAUUGGAAGCUUUCAAGACUUUGCCAGCGGGUAUUCUGCCAAAGAAUAUUGUCAAAUUGGAAAAUUGAUUCUGGUCUUGAUUAUUUCUCACUAAAUUCACUUUCUAGCUUUAUAUGUGCCAGUUUUUUGUAUUUUCUAAUAUGUCAUUUAUUUACAAAAUUCAAAUUUUCCCCGAUGCGUGUUUUGUGCCGAUUGUCAAAUUUUCUAGAAAUGUAUUUUCAAUAAAUUGCCUUAUCAAGUGUGGGCCUAGCGUUUCCAAUUAACGUUUGUAGAUCAAUUUCAAAUAGCUCAUUUCUCUGCGUUACUAUAAUAGUUAUUUUGUGAACUUCCAAAACUUCAGAAAAAUGUUAAAGUAAAUUUAUUGAGGAGAAUAAUGAAUUUGAAGAAUUUGUUAC